AGAUGGUUCUAUAAAUACAAUAACCAGUACCACUUUGCACUGGCAGAUAACCCUGUUUUAUCAACUCCAUUCCCCCAAAAACCUCCCAACUUCAGUGCUUGCAACAUGUAAAAACUCUCUUGGACUCUCACCCAUCCCUUUCCCUUUUUUAUUACCUUCAUUUUAAACCCCAUCUUUUUCAAAACCCAUCUCUCUGUUUUUCCCCUUUAAAAAACAGUUCUUUUCAAAAAAAAAAAAACAGAGCAAAAAUGGGCAGAGCAACUCGCUGGUUAAAAUCUUUUUUAGGAAUGAAGAAGCAAAAUGACAAUGAUAAACCUACUAAAUCUAGCAACAAUGAUGAUACGAGGAGAGAGAAAAUGGGCAUGGUGGAAAAAAGAUGGAGCUUCACGAAACCAACAACGAAGGAGAGAGUGAGGGAAAAGGAGAAUCAGUUGUUUAGAGAUUACAUUUUCGAGUCUGAAAAAGAGCAAACGAAACAUGCUAUUGCUGUUGCUGCUGCUACUGCCGCCGCUGCCGAUGCUGCUGUUGCGGCUGCUCAUGCUGCUGUUGCUGUUGUUAGAUUGACUAGCCAUGGCAGGGGUACUCUGUUUUCUUGUGCUGGUACUGAGAAAUGGGCUGCUGUCAAGAUUCAAACCCUUUUUAGGAGUUAUUUGGCAAGAAGAGCACUUAAAGCACUAAAAGGUCUAGUAAAAUUGCAAGCUCAUGUUAGAGGGUAUCUCGUCCGAAAGCGAGCUGCGGCAACACUCCAUAGUAUGCAAGCUCUGAUUAGAGCUCAAGCCUCUGCGCGUUCUCAAAGGGCUAAUAAUCGAAGUAGUAAGCUUCAUUCGGAGUUUCGAUCACGAAAAUCCAUGGAAAGGGUUGAUGAAACGAGGUGUGAUGAAUUCCAUAGCAAGAGAAUAUCAACAUCAUAUGAUCUAUACAAUGAUGCAUAUGAAGGAAGUCCCAAAAUCGUUGAGAUUGACACAUAUAAUAAGCCUAAGUCGAGGUUGAGGUCGAGGUCAAAGUCAAGGUCAAGGUCAAAAAGGAUUAACCCUUCAAUGUAUGAUUUUAGUUGUGAAUAUCCAACAAUGUCCUCACCUCUACCAUACCCUUACCCGGGUCGGGUUACCAUCCCCGAUUGUCAGAAAAUCCAUCAUGAAUAUGAUUGGAGCUUCUAUGGUGACGAAUGUAGGAUCUCUACUGCCCAAAGUACACCUCGGUUAGCAACCAACGGUCCUCUUACCCCUACAAAGAGUGUAUGUGGGGAUAGCUUCUUUAGGCCUUACUCUAACUUUCCCAGCUACAUGGCGGAUACUCAGUCGUUUCGGGCCAAGUCGAGGUCACAAAGUGCCCCGAAGCAAAGACCAGAGGGCCGGGCCAAAACCCGCCUAUCGUUGGGUGAGAUCAUGGCAGCUAGAAAUAGCAUUAGUAGUGUUAGAAUGCAGAGGUCUAUUUCUCAAGUUCAAGACACCUUCAACUUAUGAGAUCACUUUGUGUUAUCAUCAAUUAUGUUUUUCAGUAGUAAGAGAUUAGAAACAAAGUGCCUUGUAUAUUCUAAACUAAAUUAACCUCUAAUUAUCAUUUUAAUUGAUUCUCUUUAGUCUUUACAA